AUGUCCACAGCGCCGCCCUCGCCAUGGUCCAUAGCCCAAACGGUCCGGCAGUCGCCCCCCAUCGACCUCACCAAGCCCUACGACCCCUCCACGCUCCGUGACAAGACGGUCCUCAUCACCGGCGGCGCCAACGGCCUCGGAGCGCACAUGGCCCGCCGGUGGGCCUCCCACGGCGCACACAUCAUCAUCGGAGACACCGACUCCCGCUCCGGCGAGGCCCUCGUCGCCCAGCUGCGCGCCCUCCACCCGCCGCCCAGCGCCUUCGCCCACGUCCCCUGCGACGUCACCAGCUGGGACGACCAGACGGCCCUCUUCGACGCCGCCGUCCGCCUCUCCCCCAACCACCGCAUCGACGUCGUCGUCCCCAACGCCGGCGUCAUCCGGCCCCGCGACGGCCACGCCUUUGAGAACCCCUCCCUCGUGCGCGGCAAGCUCCCCCCGCCCUCGACCGCCACCAUCGACGUCAACAUCACCGGCGUCAUGUACACCGUCCACCUCGCCCUCCACCACUUCUCCCGCCAGCAGGACCGCGGCUCGCCCGGCACCGCCGCCGCAACAACAACAAACUGCCUCCUGCUCAUCGGCUCCAUCGCCUCCGUCGCCCCGCUAGCCGGCCAGGCGCACUACACCAUGACCAAGCACGCCGUGUGCGGGCUCUUCCGCUCCCUGCGCACCACCUCCUUCGCGCAGCGCGGCAGGCUGCGCGUCAACAUGCUGGCCCCCUACUUUGUCGAGCAGAGCCGCAUGCUGCCCCUCGUCGCCGACGUCGCCUUCCUCGCCGGCACCGCCGGCGGCGCCACCAUCCCCGACGUCGUCGACGCCGCUACCCGCCUCGUCGCAGACGAGUCCAUCUCCGGCCGCUCGCUGGCCGUGGGCCCGCCGCUGAGGGACGCCCCGGACGGGGAAAUCCCCGUCGCCGAGCACGAAGGCGGCGGAAGGGGCCGCGCAGCCUGGGAGAUGUACGCCCACGACUACCGCGAGGUCGACGCCUUUACCUUUCGCUACGUCCACAUGAUGAACCGAGUCACUCAGCUUCGCGGCCUCGUAGCCCUCUUCCUGGACGUUGUCUCCAAGAUACUCCGGGCACUGACGCGGAGGGGGACCGUCACAGGAGAGCCCGGGCAACAGGGGAAACGAAACGAAACGAGACCCGAGGACGAACACGCAAAGCAGCCAGUCAGAUAG